AUGGAGUCACCUAGGUUCGGGUUAGAUUGCGAUCCUGACUUCAAAUGGUGGGAAAGUGAUAAUGAUACCACAAUAUUGGAUGUGUAUGACACUAAUAAAUUAUACAAAACUAAAUCCCUUCUUACACCCGACAGUAUAAAUGUAAAACAGGGACUUAAUAGUGAUGACCCAACAAAAACACCAUUUGCGAGUCAAAAAAUCGCGAAUAAUGAACCAUACGGAACAGAAUUGAUAGAUUGCAACGCGCUAUCGCGAAAAUUACAUUAUGAAACGGAUCAACCUGUAAUAAAUGUGUGUUUGGAGGCACCUAAAAAAGAAACGAUCGCAGAAAGGAUCCACAAUGGGAAGUUAAUGUUUUAUCAGGAAUUCAUUGAGGCAGAAUUUGCCAAGGAUUAUGUCAAGAUCAAUAACACACCUCUAACAAUUAUACAACCCUCAAGGGCCAUUUGUACUGAGGACGAGUCAGCAAGGGAACCUUUUUCAAAUAACUCCUCAAUUGAUAAACCUCAGCCGGAUACUAAUAUAAAAAAUCAAUCCCCAAACCAAUCGCAUCUAAUACUAGAGAAUGAAAAUUCGCCCAAGUGGUUGAAGCCAAAUGAGUGUAUAGACGAGGUGACAGAUGAUAUCCAAAGAGAAGAACUACUCAAGGGUGAAUUACCUACCUUUUUCAAUACCAUUAAGGUGAAACAAAUACAUCCUAAGGAUAAAAUUGUGAGCUACAAUUGUUUGGCAAAUUAUGCACGAUACGUGGACAAGGUAACUAAAUGCCCACUACUACAAUCAGAAAUGCAAGGAAUAAGUGCAUUUAGCGUGGAUGAGAGAUCGUCAGUUGAUAGUGGAGAUGAAAAUGCACCUAUUAAUGUUUAUAGCGUUAGUGAUAGUCAAAUAAAUAAGGCCAGGGAAAUAUUGAAAGAACGUAAACAAUGUAAGGUAGAGGAGGACAAGAAGUCGAAUUUUAAGAUCGUCAGGAAGCUUCAGAAAUACGAAGAACCAAAGAUCAUAAAAGGGCGCUAUGCCAUAUAG